GGCCUAUCAGGAGAUGAUUAUACUGGAAUCGAGUCCAAUACUAGACAUGAGAAAAUCUAUGCGUCUAUCCGGUGGUCUGCCGUAUGAGCAACAGCGCCAUCACUUUUCCAACGCACGCCGCCCACUCAGCCCGUCGCGCGUCUUGGGAUUCCUCUCUGGCCUUCCCAAAUGCGUUCGCAUGCCCAUCAAAUACCAAGAUCUCGUUGAGACGCUUGUCCUGUUGAAUGUUCGUCGUGUGGGACAGCCGCGGUGCAGUAUUCAGUGGUUCGCAGGCGAAGAGACUGAGAACCCGUACGGUGUACACGCAGUGGAUCCCAUGUCGCCGCGCAACAUUGCCAUUCUUGAAGAACGCCCCUUGGCCAGACCUCAACAUUUCUCUCCACGUCAGCAAGAGGGUCUAUCAAAUCAGCAUCUGCAUCGCUCCCAUGCGCAUCAGCUCGAGGACGGUCUGCACUCUGCUCGCACCAUGCCGGGUCUGAUGGAAGAUAAAGAUUCUCCAGAUAUGACACUCUCACGCAGUCUCACCUAUCCCGCAACGCGUCACCAGAGCAAAUCGACAGCCGCAGACACGGAUAGCGAUAUUGUGAUUGUGGAUGCCAUGGAAGCGCUCACCCACGCUUGA